GCCGCUGCCGCCUCCGGCUUCCCCUGGCAGCGCGGCGGAAGUCUCGCAAGAGAGGGGCUGCCUGCCCGCCCGUCUCCUCACGACGCGCCCCUGAGGGGGGAAAGGAGAGAGACGGAGACGCGGCAGCCCGUGCGCGCUCUCGCUCUCUCGAGGCGGAGGACCCCGAGCCGCUGCUUCCCUCCCGAGCCGGGCGAGCAUGGCAGACGGAGCUCACUCCCAGCUUGGCGGCGGCGGCGGUAGCGGCAGCCGGGGCUCCAGCCCCACCGCCAGCCCCCUCAUAGGCAGAGGGGGAAAGAGCCGCUCGCUGCCCACCACGUCGUCGUCGUCGUCCUCCUCCGCGUCUUCGCUGCACCAGCAACGGCGGACGCCGCCCGCGUCGCCCAAGCAGCAGCAGCAUCAGCAGCAACAGCAUCAAGCGGCGUCUCGUGGGAAUGCGCCCGGGCAUUGCUUCAAGAGGGUGACCCUCACCAAGCCCACCUUCUGCCACUACUGCACCGACUUCAUCUGGGGGCUGGCGGGGUACCUCUGCGAAGUUUGCAAUUUUAUGUCUCAUGAGAAGUGCCUGAAGCAUGUGAAGAUGCCAUGCUCCUGUGUUGCUCCAAGUCUUGUAAGGGUUCCAGUUGCACAUUGUUUAGGACCUCCAGGACAUUACAAGAGAAAGUUCUGUGCCGUGUGCAGAAAGCUUUUGGAGUCUCCAGCAUUUCGCUGUGAAGUUUGUGAGCUGCACGUGCAUACAGAUUGUGCUCCGUUUGCUUGUAGUGACUGUCGCCAGUGCCAUCAAGAUGGCAGUCAGGCUCAUGAUACAUACCAUCAUCACUGGAGGGAGGGAAAUCUUUCUUCAGGUGCACGUUGUAAGGUCUGCAGGAAAACGUGUGGCUCUUCAGAGGUUCUCUCGGGUAUGAGAUGUGAAUGGUGUGGCGUUCUGGCUCAUGCUGCUUGCUAUGUGAUUGUACCUCCAGAAUGUACAUUUGGAAGACUAAGAAACAUGAUUCUUCCUCCAAACUGUGUGCACUUAUGUUCUCGCAACUUCAGUAAAAUGCACUGUUUUCGGAUAUCGGAAAGCUUACAGACGGAAGCAGAUGACGACGACGAUGUUGACAGUUCAACACAGUUAUCGCUAAAAGAGUCCCAGGUUUCCACAGACUCAAGUAAACAGAUCUUGAAAAUAUACGAUGGGAAUGAUGCAGUAAAACGCAAUCAGUUUCGGCUUAUUACGGUCCCAAGGAUUACAAAAAAUGAAGAAGUUGUGGAGGCUGCACUGAGGUCGUAUUACAUCAACGAUGAUCCACAAGAUUAUGAGCUUCAGACAUUCACUCAACAGGCCUUGUUUUGUGAUGACAUCAUUAAUAGGAAUGAUACCACAGAAGAGACCCAGCCAGGGUCUGUAUUCCGAGAAGCCGUUCCUGAAGCUUGGAUCAUUAGAGCCAAACCGAGAGAUAAUGAAGUCGUAAAAAUUUACCCUGGAUGGCUGAAGAUUGGAAUGGCCUGUGUCUCAAUAAGAGUAAAUAAAGAAAGCACUACCCAGAUGGUGAUUAAAGAGGUUCUCCCGUUACUUGGAUGCCAGUUGGAAAGCUUUCAGAACUUCAAAUUGGUGGAGGUACUCAUGGGCUCUAAGCAAGUUCAGCGAAUGGUUCUGGAUGAUCACGAAUUGAUUCUCAGCAGGUUCCAAGACAUAAGAAAGACUUCACUACGUCAGAUGAAUCAAACAAGAUUUUACAUUGUAGAAAACAAUAUACAAGCUACGCGGGUACAUUUGUUUGUUGGUGGUCUGCCACCUCAUCUCUCUACUGAUGAAUACACAAACAUCCUCAGAGAUGAAUUAAGCCUCAAAACAAAUCUAGUUUCUGUGAGCCAUGUAUAUUCAUCUCAAGGUGCUGUUGUACUAGAAAUUUCAUGUUUUGCUGAAGCUGAAAGACUGUAUAUGCUAGCUAAAGACACCACUGUUAAUGACAAGCAACUGACUGCAGUUGUCCUCCCUGAAGUUCUGCAAACCAACCUUCCUCAGAACUGCUGCCCAUUGCUUGUAUUUGUGAAUCCAAAGAGUGGAGGACUUAAAGGCCGGGCUUUGCUCUACAGUUUUAGAAAACUCUUAAAUCCUCAUCAAGUCUUUGAACUAACGAAUGGAGGACCACUGCCUGGGUUUCACUCGUUCUCUCAAAUUCCAAGUUUCCGAAUACUGGUGUGUGGUGGUGAUGGUACUGUUGGUUGGGUUCUUGGCGCCCUGGAAGAGAUCAGACACAAGCUUGCCUGUUCAGAGCCGUCUGUAGCUAUUUUACCUUUAGGAACAGGUAAUGACUUGGGGAGGGUGCUCCGCUGGGGUGCUGGAUAUAGUGGCGAAGAUCCAUACUCCAUUCUGAUAUCUGUAGACGAAGCUGAUGAUGUGCUUAUGGAUCGCUGGACCAUCCUUUUAGAUGCUCAAGAGGCUAUUGAAAGCGCAGAAAAUGGUGUCUUAGAGCCUGAGCCACCUAAGAUUGUGCAGAUGAACAAUUACUGUGGCCUUGGAAUUGAUGCAGAGCUGAGCUUAGGUUUUCAUCAUGCCAGGGAAGAGGAGCCAGACAAAUUCAAUAGCAGGUUUCACAACAAAGGUGUCUAUGUAAAAGUUGGGUUACAGAAAAUGAGCCACACAAGAAAUCUUCAUAAAGAAAUAAAACUUCAAGUGGACCAGCAUGAAGUUGAGCUUCCAAAUAUUGAAGGCCUUAUUUUCAUUAAUAUUCCCAGCUGGGGUUCCGGUGCUGAUCUUUGGGGGUCUGAUAACGAUAAUCGGUUUGAAAAACCAAGAAUUGACGAUGGCUUACUAGAAGUAGUUGGUGUCACUGGAGUUGUUCACAUGGGUCAAGUCCAGGGGGGUCUGCGUUCAGGCAUCCGGAUAGCCCAGGGCUCCUACUUCCGGUUGACGCUUCUGAAGCCAAUCCCAGUGCAAGUUGAUGGAGAGCCCUGGAUCCAGCCACCAGGCCAGAUCAUUAUUUCUACAGCAGGACCAAAGGUUCAUAUGUUAAAGAAAUCAAAACAGAAACAGAAAAAAUCAGGAAAUUUAAAGGACUCGAGAUCUGAGAGCAUGAUGGUCAAUGAAGUGGGACGCUGAUGGAAAAUGAUAUCCACAGAACAAACGCAGCACAUCUACUGUAGAUCAGAUGGAUCUGCCUGGUGUAAAACUAUUUGUACAGUUCCAAGUUAAGAAUUGGUUGCACAAGAGCCUGUUGUAAUUAUAUUUCCAUGUUUGUUGUACAGUGGGCCUAUCCUGUAGCCGACAUGAGAUUUAGUUUAUGCAUCUCGUGUUGGUCGGAGAAGUUCGCAUUAGGUAGCCUUUCCAUAAACCAUUAACCAGUUUUUGCUUCAUGCCCGUAGCCAAUAGAGCAGAGAUCCAAUUAUGCCGUACUCUUUGUAUACUACGUUUUCCUCGCCUUAUUCUCCCUGGGAGUCACUUAUUUUUGUAAAAUAAGUUUUUAACCCUUAAAAAAAACACCCCAAACCUACUUAAAGAGUUUUAAAACUACCCCCGGCAUUCCCCAAGAGGGAAACAUGGUGAAGGGAUAAAAUUGUCACUUUUGUGAUGUUGCUGAUUACUUGUGCAAUAAUGCUUUAAGUAGGACUGGGAGCAAAUGGAUAUCAUUCCAGCGGCACAAUCCCAUCUUCCGCUGCACUAGGUGUGCUGCCACCAUGCCAAGGUUCACUGCAACGUUCCUGGCAGAUUCCAGUUAAGGGAGGCUCUUUCAAACUGCAUAUAAAAGGGAUCUAGCAGCUCCUUUCCAAGUCUUUCCAAGCACAAAUUACUCAACACUCCCUUGAUUGGAAAGAUGCACCCAGCAGAGAGCUGGCAGGGGGAAGGGCUUGGCUGAAUGCAGUGGAGAUCACCUCCCGCAUGCCCAGCGUUGUAUGGAUUGUGCCUCGGAUAUUUAGCUAGUUUUUUGUUUGCUUGCAUGCAUGAACACUUCCACACUACUCAAUGGCUGUGUCUACAUGUAAUGGUAAACAACGUCUUAUCAUCCAGACCAGGGAUUGUGGUUCUCAGUUUCAAAGCUAGCCAGCUGCAAACCAUGACUCCAGAAAGGCAAGACUGGCUGACAUUCAGGAAAAGGAAAACUAAACUCUGGUGAAGUUCUUCUUCUGGUGUUUUGGAAGAAGGGGAAGCACAAUAACUCUUGUGGCUCCUUCCUACAUGUAUGCAUAGUGGUAAACGAUGGUUUAAUGUGUGAACACGGCCAGUGAACCCUAAAAACCUAAUAUAAUUUUUAUCUAUUUUUAUACUGCACAAUCUUUUUCUAUACACUACAAGCUUCUGGGUUUUCUCCAUUUCUCUCCAUUUCUAAUUUCAUUCCCUAAAUUAUUUUAACAUACAAAGAGACUAUGAAUGGCAAACCAAUAAUCAGUAAAUAUGGCACAAUUUAGUAAACAAAUCAGCAUCCAGUUAUGUUAAGUAUUGAUACACUAAGUUGAAAUAUGCCUUAGUUUCUUCUCUGUUGAUGAACCGGUCUACAUGUUUGUUUGUCUUUAAAGUGUGUCUUAUGUGACUAGAUCUAGAUGUGGCUGUAAUGAUCAAAAUGCUACAUAGAAAGGUCCUUGCUUAUAACUAUAGGGAAUCAUUCCCUGCUCUAUAAAUAUAUUGACCAUACAAGGAAAAGUUAGUGCAGACUCUGUUCAGACAUAAGGCUAAGCUAUGGUUUGUGGUUAUGUGAACAAGCUGCAUCAAGUCUCAGACUUGCACUCUCCCCCACUUCCUUCUCCAGUAUUAUCAUAAGAAGGAGAUGAGAAGCAUCUACUUCAGUUUUGAUUAAUUGUAACUUGUCAUAUCUGAACCUGAACAAACUAUGGUUUAUGAGUUAUGAAGCUGGCAUGUUUCAGUAAACCGUAGUUGAAAUUAACCACCAUUUAGAGCUUAGGCAUGAUGUGAAACCAGUUAAUCAAAAAUGGAAAUAAAGGCUUCCAAUCUUCUCACAACUAUGCUACACUUCAUUCCUGUAAUGAUAAACCAUCAUUUAUCAUUUCAGGGAUCAGCCACUGCAUGGAUACGAGGAGAUAAAUCAUAGUUUUUCAUUGUGUCCAAAUGAAGAUAGUAUCUUUCUGCGGUUGCUAAUCGCAGAAGGAAGAUUAAGCAAGAUAGCUAGUGACUUUAGCAUUCUGAUAAUACCAAUACAAGUUGUAUUUAAUUAUGGAGAGAAUGCAGAAGCAGUAGCAGUACCCCCAAACAGGGUCAAAAUUCUAUAGAUGCAACAUUGCAUCUUUCGGAUGCUUUUGCAACAGAUAUGCUUAGGCUGCCUUUCUCCAUCUGGAAGCAGCCUGAGAGGGCUGUGGUAGCCGCAGUAUUGCACUCGCCAUCUAUUCUAAUGCCCCAUUUCGUAUGUAGUUAAUGAGAACAUAUCAAGCUUUUGUGCACAACUAUGGCUUUUUUUAAAAAAAAAUGGUGGCAUGCACAGCAUCAGAAAAGCAGUGGAGGUGAGCAACUCCUUUCCCGCUCCACCAGGCAUUCAUGCCGGGGACACUUUGAAACCUAAAGGAACUGAAAGUUGCUCUGGUUUGCAGCAGGUAUUCCUGUGAGCAGCUCUCUCGUUGCAUGCGUAAUUACUGCAGAACAACUGUUCCUACACAACAGGAAUGUCUGCUGGAGCACUGUCAUUUUGACGCGGCAGUCACUGCUGCAAGAGUCUCCUGGGGAAAGGGUGGCGUCGGGACUGGACCCACCCAGUGAGACCCCCCACGCAUUGCCAGUGCUUUAUCUGCACAAAGCUCCCAGUGUUGCUUGUGGGCCCAUUUCUGAUUUGCACUAUUUUUACACAAAGGCUCUCUUUCAUGCACUGUGUUCCACACAGCAAAAAACAACAACACUGUGGCUUCUUCGUUACAUGCAUUUGUCUUCCAGAUUGCUAGAGCACGUUGCAGUUUAAGCGUACUUCCACACCAACCAGAGUUUAGCUGGGGAAUGCUGCAUAUUUUGUAGACCUUCUUGUAACAUUGGCAGGUGCUUUCUUUGCAAAAAAAAAAAAACCUGAGCUUUGAUACACAGAUGAAUGUGAAUAGACAUUUAAGACCCUUUUCAUCUUGUUCGAUCCUUCUAGGUAUAAAAUUUUGUGCAGGUAGAAUAGAAAUAUUCAAGGGGGCUUUGAACUCAUUUUUCUUGAAUGGCAACUACCCCCAUGAAAUACUACUUUUAAAACUAAUGGUCAAGUUUCAUUUCGGAUGAUGCAGUUUGUCAUAUUGCUGGGGAGGCAAAUUUCACUGAAUAUGCUCAAAGCCUUGAGCUAUCUCACAGUGCCUCUUUGGUUACCAAGCUCUGUAUUUAGUUAUUUAUAGUUUCUCCCUGAAAGCAUAAACUGUUCUUACCUUGGUUUAUCAUAUUGUUGAUUUUCACUGCUGAUUAGUGAAACAGCACAGUGCAAUAUGCUAUUUAUGAAGAGUGUAUGUUUCCCCAAAUAAAUCCCUUAGAUUGUGAUAUCAAUGGCAGUAGUACACUAUGAAUUUGUUGGCAGAAAGUAGCUGCAGCAAGUUACUGUUUCUUGUCAUGCACAAAUAUUGCACAAUUUAGUACUGGUUUGCACAGCUGCUUGGCUAGAGUAAACCUGUGCACUACAAGAAGUACAUCUCCAGCACAAAGUCUAAAUACAACCCAAGAGAGAUUACUUUGAAGUCAAGUGGCAGCUUGUUUUGUCUGUGGUCCAACUCAACCCUUCAUCUGUGAACUAGGUGCCCAAAACAAGCUAAAGCUGGCACACUAAGCAAUACUUGUGCAUCUGGUUUUUGUGUUUGGGAACUAGAACUUGUUGUUUGCAUUUCAGUUUCUCCACUUCAUGUGAGCUAAGGAACAAUGUCUCAUUAGAGGGGUCUUGGGGAGAUGUAUUGAGAGACAGCUCACCGAGGACAUCAAAGAGUGCUCUUCCCAGAAUGUAAUCUUACCCACUGCAUUUUUACUGCAUUCUUCACAUAUAUUUAAUCCAAGUGACAUGUCAGCCUAAUAAUAUUGUAACUGAGUACGUUCACAGGACUAUUUCAGCAAUAGUUUGUCUGUAAGCCUUUCUCAAUUUGUAGGCUGUGGCUUUUUAGAGUUUUGGUGUUUUUUUAAGGUAAUGGACAGGGACCCAAAGAUUAAUGAUGUUUUUCUAACAAUAGCCCAUGGACAAUUAAUUUUGAAACCGGGGAGAUAUGCAGUAGCAAUUGGGAUACAGCAUUGGAUUCUACUUAUUGGAAGGAAAAAUCAAAAUCCCACUGCAGAUGAGCCUCUCGAGUGAUCCUAAAAUUGUCAUUUGGAUCCUGGCCUGUAUGUGAUUCUGGCAGAGUGGCCACUAUUGAUCUUUUCCCACCUGCAUCCAAUCAAAGUUAAGCAUUUUUAAGCCUUCUUAAGUCCAUGGGGGAGAUGGUCAUUCGGUGAAACAAAAAGCACAACACUGCAUCUAAUUCAUUCUUAGUCUUGCCUCUUUGGGGUUUUUUGUUUGUUUGUUUUUUUGUAAUGUCUCGGACAUUGUCAGACCUAAGUAUACUUCACUACAUAUGCUAAAGAUCUUCCAUUUUAGAUAAUGCUUUCUAAAUUUAAAUUUACUUGGAAGUAUACCUUGGCUAUGUCUUUUUGACGAGGCUUAAGAUCAACAACUUUUGAGCUUUUAGGCAUAUGCUAUAUAUGCAUAUGUAGAGGUUUGCAAUGAUUAUCAAAACAUUCAAAUUAUUUACUCAGAAGAGAGUCUUACUACUUUUGGAUAUUUUAACUGUUUAAAAAUAUUGCACCGUAUUUUUUAGUACAUUAUAGCCGAUAGUCAUUCCUUCUGAAUAGCAAGGGUACUAAAAAUUAAACUCCAGAGCUCAUGCUUUGUGUCCUUUAUGCCAUCAUCCAUUUGUCCUUAUACUGUGUGCUUUCAUUAAAGCACUAUGUUGAUGCAUUUGUGCAUUAAUAUGUUCAUCUGCACUAUGUGCUUAAACCUUUUAUUUAGGGUCUUUUUGGAGAUGGAAUGGAUUUCCUGCCAGUUUCUAUCAUUUCUCCUGAAACCACUGAAGCUUCCAGUUGUGAUGGUGUGAUUAGUCAUGGGGGACCAAUUUUUUCCGAAUAGUAGGCUGCAUCACCAUUAUUUUCAUGCCUGUUUCUCGCCUGACUCUGGACUGGUGCAGAUGUACCAUUAGUUCCCUGCAAAGCAUGGGUAGCAGAAACUUGCAGUUCCUCCCUCUUCCUUGCAUAACCGUGGUUUGUGAUGGUGCACGUGUAAACACAGAGGUAAUCCCGGUUUGCAAGCGCACUUCAACUUCUAGUCUACAAGGGGAUCAUGGCUGCUUUGACACAAAUGUAAGGCAACCAAAGUUAACUCCAGGAAGGCAGUGGAGGAAGUUGGGGGAGAGUUUUGAGGAGAGAGCACAUGCUUCUGAUUUGUGAGCCAUGGUUUGCAUGGCACUAGCAUUUCAUCUGUACUGGAUGCUUUUCUUUACUAAACAGAGUCAGGAUUGUGGCUAAUUAACACAUUGCCUUUGUAUGUGAUGAACAGGUCCACACUCACGUGUGUGUGUAGUUUCUAAAAUCGAGUGUGUGUGUGUGUGUGUGUGUGUACCAUUAUAUACAUUGUGAAGUAAAUGCAUGGUCCAACUUUCUAGGACAAAAAAACCCUAUCACCACUAGCGCAGCUUUCCUCACUGUACAGAGCGCCCAUCUUCAUGUCCAAGCUUAGGUCAGCAUUGACAAAAAUGUAGUGCUGUAAUCUGGCUUCAUGCAGGGAUCUUUGAAAUCAACUGCAUUAUUGAUUUCAGCCAAGACCUUUUUUUAAAAAAAAUCAGGAUCUGCACCCAUUGUUUACAUGCUACCUUUGUUUUGCACUUGUAAUUGUCAGAGAAAUUGCAUUAUAUUUGGUAUAGCUUAAUACAAAGCCCCUUUUGUACAAGUGCAUUUUAGGAUUGAGGUCGUGUCUGAAGUACACCACAGGAAAUUCAGUUUUCUCAUUCUAGUAUAUUCAUUUAUGCCUAUUUAACUACACACACACACACACACACACACACACCCAACACACCUCCUGUUGCCCACCCAGAGAUUCAGGAGAGGAAUAUAGCAGGCUACUAAUAAAUUAAUUGAAAUUUCGCUUUUAAGCUCAGAUAUAAACUGCGUGUUAAAAGAUUUGUAAAGUAAAACCUUGUACAGACAUUCUGACCAACGGACAGUGUUAGCUUUCAGCGCUUGUAUUGGGACCAAUGCACACACAGCUCAACGUGUAUCGGACUGUAGCACAUUGUGCUCUCCAAUUUUGUGGUAUAUAGAUCUUGUGGUUUGGGUGUGUGCAGAUUGAGCUCUGUCUUUUUGCAAAUGUGACAUUGGGGCAGCACACUGGAUCUACUGUGCAUUGGAUCAGAUGUGUACAAAGAUCCUUUCUCUUCCUGAGCUAAGUCAUUCCCAAACCUCUUAUGUAAAUUUAGCCCUGUUCAGUUCCAUGGGAACAAAUUACUGUGAUGAUUCUGUCUGCCCUUUAUCUACAGCCACACUGAGCUGAAGCACUACAUCAAAAAAUAUAUAUGUUAUGCUAAAUAUCCAUAGCCAGAUAUUCUAAUAGUUCUGUAAGAUUCAGAGCAGCUAGUCUCCCCCAAAUUGGGUCUGGGUGGCGCUAGAGAAGGUAGAGUUUUAUUAUUGCUUGCAAUGUUUCCCCACUUGAAAUUUGUCCCAAAGCUGCUAUGGGUCAUGUUGGGGGAAAGCCUUUCGAUGCUCUCCCAUGGGAGCUUUGGGAGGUGAUUAUGAGUGUGGAAACAAAAUAGGGAUUUAAAAACAACCCAGACCCAUUGCUUAGAUCCAGUUCUCGAUCACAUGUGGCCGUUAAGCCUUUGUCUGUCUGUCUGUAUUAAGUUAGGUCUUCCAUCAAAAUGUGUAGCUGAAAUCCAUGUAUUUCAGACUGGCAAGGUUGUGAAUUGGGUUAUACUGGAACAGGUGCUGCAUUCGUUUUGAUUUUAACUUCCUAUAGUUCUGCGUUGAAUGUAAAGCAGAUAUUUGCAUUGCUUACAGUAGCAUAAUUUAAUGCAAUUAGGUUAGCAAAUUUAAUGUUUACAACAUGGUGACUGUUGAUUGUAAGCUUCCAUAUCGAUGCACUGCUUCCACUGGAAGGCUUGUCAGUCUACUUGCUUAUGACAGUUAAUGGUAUUAAUUGCCUUUCUUGACACAACCUCUUAAGUAGAACCUUUCCAAAGCGAUGGGUUGUUUUGUUUUUUUAAAAAUCUUCUGAGGACCAGGGUGAGAAAAGUUUGUGUUGACACAGAUAUUGAAUUAGAAUAUUUCUAAGAAGGUUUAUAUUUUCUGAAGAUAAUUUAUAAGGAAGGUUUUCUAUGCAAUUAUAGUAGCGUUGAUGUAAAUGAUAAUUCAAAUAUUCAUUCUGUAUACAACUAAGAACCUAUUUUCAGGGUUCUGCCCCUUCCCAUCAGACUUAAUAAAAAGUAUGUUUAUAGGUCCCUUUAAUGCUGCAUUUUCUUGUAACAUUUCAGUACAUGCCAAACUUCAUACACAAAUAUGGCUUCCAGGCAGGGAAUUUUAAUUUCCCAUGUACAUGCAAUUGUAUAUGACAAGCACACAUGCAUAUUUCCCUGUGUUAAACACACAUGAUUGGAAACCCUGAUCUGGGACAGUACUAAAAUACAUGUGUGUUGAUCACAGUGAUUGCAUGUGCUAACUGUGUGCAUUAUUUCCUUUAUGGAAAGUGAAAUUGGUUUGUAUAAAGCUGGUCCUUUUCAGCAAGGAAUGCUCUGUGCAGUGUUAUGAGGUAGAUUGCAUGAAUCAUUUUAUGUAAAUCAUGCUUGGUCCUUCUUGCAUAUCUACAGUUGAGAGAACUUGGAACAGCUGCUUAGCUUUAAAUUUCCAUAUAUGUCUGUAUUUAGCUGUGCUCAUUCUUCUCAGUCAGUGAUUUUCAAACUGGCCCAGCCUGGUAAAAGUUUCAGUUGUAUUGUACAAAUAAUGAAUGUGCCCUAGAACACCCCAUUCAGAAUUGCACUGCACAAUUAAUUGUGGCGGGCAAGCUGUCUUUCAGGGAAGCUUGUUCACCAUUGUGUAUUAUCUCACCAAAGAGAAUCUCUGAUCAGCUUGCAAGGAAUCUUAGGUUUAACCUCCACAGCACAGUUUGAAAACCACUGCUAUGAGUAUAAUGUGCAAAUCCUUAGUGUUGGGUCACCUCUUGAUGAUCCUGUUUGUUUGUUUGUUUAAUUUUCCAAUAAUCUGUUUAAGCCAGAUUGUUCUGAUGUGGCCUUGUUAAAAUUUAUUCACUACCUACCAAUUCUGGCCAAAUCUAUACAAAUAAAGGACAGGCACAAUUUUGUGCUUUUGGAGCCCACGACUGCUCUGUUUCUCAAAAUAGCAACAGUAUCUAUAAUGUGUUAGAAAUGAGCUGAGAGAAACUUAAUUUGGAAAACGUUAAAUGCAAAAAUGAGUAUCUGUUGUAAGUCAUUCUGCUCAUUUCUUUGUAACUAAAGGAAUAUGUCUAGAUACAUUCUUGCUCUUGUUCGAUAAAGGCUAAAUAAGAACUUUAAUCUAGUAGAACUGCAAAUUUCAGGCCACAUCUACACUACAAAUACAUCAAUUUUAUACCAGUGUAUUAGAAGUCUAAAUAUAUGCUGUGCACGUAUGUUCAGUGCUGUGGCUCAUCUUGAAAAACAUUUACUCAUUUUGGUAGUAGAUGCAGUGGUUCUCAUACUCUGGGGUUACCUCCUUUUCCUCUUCGGUGAUGGGGGGAAAGUUGCAGGGAGGUAUUAGGCCCAGCUGUGGGAAAGCCAGACACACUUUUGUCCUGGCAGCAGAGACUGAGCUUUGCAGCCACCCAAACUACCUUUGCUAACCCUGCAAGCUGUAGAUAAGAGAGCUUCUGGCUACGGAGCUUCCCUCCUUCCUGGUUCCUCCUAUGGAAGACCUGGAUUAGGAGAGAGACGGAGGUGCCAUGUUGUAGGACUUCUCUAAUGCUAGCAUUGAAUUAAUGGCUCAGUCCACAGAUCCCACAGUGGGCUGAAUACAUGUCCUGAUGUGUGAGAGGUUGUGUGUGCUCACCAGCCAAAGAGAUGGCUUGGAAAGUGCUGUAAGCUUAGAAGUGGGCCUGGGUUUUAAAAAAUAAAAUUUGAGAAACACUGUGUGAGAAAGUUUUGAGACCCAUUUAAAUAAGCUGGGCAAAGUUUAGUAGUGAAUAGCUUUAAAAGCACCCCUGAUUAUGCCACAAUGCAAAAUUUACCACCUGCAAUAGCUUGCCUAUUGUGUAGUUUUUGCUCUUUGCAAUCUGUGUGCUUAAUAAUUCGCUCGAGAGUAAUUGUCAAAUUAUAACUGUUAGGUGAACCGUUUCCACAUUGUGUGCCUAAACAGAAGCUAGAAAUGCACAUCAUACUUGUUUACUUGUUCUUCUGUCUUAAACAGGGUUUUUAUUGUGUACUCGUUUCUAGAUGUCUGCCUUGUAAACCCCUUCUUCCUGCCUUUGAAUGAUCAGUCCUGACACGCAAUGACUGUAAAAGAAUUAUUUAUAUGGUGUGCUCUUUCUUUUUGUAUUUAAAUAUCAGUUUGUCCUCAGAGUAUAUACUAUAUUCGUAGAGAGAUUCUGUGUAUAUUUUUGCUACGUAUUUGUGUUUGGUUUCAUUUUGAUUGUAUGUAUAUUUUUGCACUGACUUGAAAUUCUGUAUCAAUUGCUUUGUGAGUAUUGACCAUCUGAUUAGAAUUUGUCUGUGACAAAUAUAACUGCUAAUUUCUGUUGAGCCCUGAAUAAGCUGGCCCUGUUGUGUUUUGUGGCAACAAGAAGGCUUGUGCACGCCUUGGGGCACUUGGAGUGUGUAAAAAACUGUUCCAGCUUAGUCCACAAAUAACUAGCAUUGCUAUGCCUAAGCAGGUGAAUGUGUCUCUGUUCCCUAUGGUGUAAUAACUUGAUAACGUCAGUUUAUUUGCCAGGUUGUCUGUAAGGGAGACGUUGCACAUCUCUCUCACUCAUUCUGCUCCCCCCCCCAAAAAAAUUCAACAUUACAAAGUUACUAAGCACAUUCAGCCUUCAUAGGGCGGGGGUCCCCCAUUGUGUUUCCCCCCUAAAGUUUUUGCAUCCUUUCACAAAUUUCUCCAGAGCCUGCUGGUACUUCCUUCUUGCGCAUGGUAGCUGCUGUCUUUGUUACAUAAGCAAUCCCACUCGCAGCCUCACCGUCAGAAACAUAAUUUAUUUAAUUUAAACAUUUAUAGAUCACUUUUCAAACAAUGUUUCAUCCAAAGGAAAUAUGCUGUCGCCCACAAUGGGAGAUACUGAAAUGAAUAGUUACAGAACAUUUGCAUUCCCUUCUUUGUUCACAGAAUUCAGGUUGGUAUAAAUAUGCUGAUUCCAUUUAAUAGCCCUUGGAGUGUAACACACUGGAAGAAUCAAAAUGGCCACACUUAGUGAGUCUCAGACACUUUACACUGGGGAGGGAGUUGUUUGCCUGAUUUCUGCUGCAUUUCAGCACCACCACUAAGGAUUAAAUUGUAUUUUAAUGGGGGUAGAUUCUUCUUGCAUUCAGUCUUGAAAAAGACCCUCUCCAACUGUGGCAGGAAAUUUGGGCUGUACGUGUGAGAAGUUUCCUGUUAAGAUAACCAUCAUCUCUUGCUACAGCCAGUUCCCAAAGAGCUGUAACCUGCUGUGGCACUUGGGGUCUCAAAAAGUCUUAAACUUUACUUGAGGCACUUGGGUUAGUUUAGAUUUCAAGUAGAAGCAGUUCAUUUUUCUGCUGUUACUGCAACAUCCUCUUCUGUUUUGUUGACUGAGAAGUCGUGAGAUAUUUCUGCAAAGAUCCUCUUGUAAUUAGUGUGAAAGGCAGCCACAAAGAAACAUGCUGCCAGGCUGCAGAUUCCAGCCAUCACUAGAGUUGAAGCUGCGAUGAGAAAGAGAGGAUAUUUCUACAGAUGUGUUGAGAAUGAAACCCAGCAGCUUAAAAAUAUGAGAAUUGCAAUAUCAGUUUAGGAACUCCAGCUGCAAUCCUGAGCCUACUUACCUGGCAGUAACUGCUAGGAUUGCACAGUAAGUAGGUCAGCAUCAGUAACUAUAGACCAGCUAUUAAUUUCUGUUCAUAUUGAAAAUUCAAUCUUAAAUCUACUAGAACAGGGCUCCCCAAACUAAGGCCCGGGGGCCGGAUGCGGCCCAACCGCCUUCUAAAUCUGGCCUGCGGACGGUCCGUGAAUCAGCAUGUUUUUACAUGAGUAGAAUGUGUCCUUUUAUUUAAAAUGCAUCUCUGGGUUAUUUGUGGGGCAUAGGAAUUCGUUCAUUAUUUUUUUUCAAAAUAUACUCCGGCCCCCCACAAGGUCUGAGGGACAGUGGACCGGCCCCCUGCUGAAAAAGUUUGCUGACUCCUGUACUAGAAUGUAUAGCCAACUAAAAUCUUCCUGCCACAGCGGUGCCUAUUUAUCUACUUGCACUGGCGUGCUUUCGAAUUGGUGGGUUGGCAGGAGCUGGGACAGAGCAACGGGAGCUCAGUCUGUCACAGGGAUACAAACUGCCAACCUUCCAAUUGGCGGGCCCAAGAGGCUCAGUGGUUCAGACCACAGCACCACCCGCAUCCCUGGAUAUGAUGGAGAAUGCAGUCUCUCAGUGCUGCGAGACAAAAUCCUUGUUGCUGCUAUGCAGAGACCAAAAGAGAGGAGGGCCUCAAAAUACAUUAAAGGCCUUAAGAGCAACUAAAAUAACUCCAGUCAACAACUACAACCGAGUCAACAAUUACACUACAAGGAAACCACACAGUGUAAACCCAGGCUGGGGAGCCCUUUUCGGUCCGAGACCUUGUUGACAAUCUUGUGGGUGAGCGACAAAUGUGAAUUUGCUCUUGCGCAAUUGGCGCACGAACUCUCCUUGCCAUCUGGGCAGGAAAGACAAUGAUCAGAGUUCACGGUCACAUUUUUUGCCAGGCAAAAGCAAGUAAAGUGAAGCAGGGCUGCUGGGGUAUGGGUCUAGGGGCGAGUCUUAAGGGCCGGAUGGAAAGGCCCUUGGCUGGAGGUUCCUCCAACCUAAGAAGCUGGAGGACUCCUUGUUUGCAGAACCUCAGUACCCACAGCAAGACAGGGAAGAGAGCAGGUCGGGGAAGGAGACUUCUAUUGUCAUUGCUGUGCCUCAAACUGCCUCCCCCACCCCUUGUAGCUGAUAUUCACUCCUGAAGGAAACCGCCACAGAUGUGAGGCAGUGAGAGAGAAAGGAUAUAUUCAUAAUAAAUACGUAACAAAAACUUACUUGACCAGUCUAGUGCUUUGCCGAUGGCUGAGGUGCAAGUAGAAAACGGAGCAUCUUUCUUUUCCACAGCCAGGCUUUGUAGCAAAAGCAUGAACACAACACCUAGAAGUUGGCUGUGGAAACAAAAUCAAUCCAUCACGCAAGUCUCCUCUGCAUGGUUAUGACACACACACACCACUGUCCAAGACUGGCUCUUUUUUGUGUGCACGGGGGGCGGGGGAUAUAUUGUCUAUAACAGUCAAGAUUCACUUUUAUGUCUAGAGCAGACAUUUUGGGUGGUACUCCGUGCUAGUCUUGUGCAGACUAGACCCGCUGAAAGGAAUGGGCGUGACUUAGAAUCAUAGGGUGGUAGUGUUGGGAGGGUCCCAAGGGCCACCUAGUCCAACCCCCUGCCAUGCAGGAAUAAAGGGAGGGAGCAAUGCAAGAGAGGAGUUCAAAACCAUUCCCGCUUCUUCGAGAGAAGGGGCAACACCAGAGGAUUCAAGAAUGCUCCGCUUCAAUGUUCUGUUUCUGCAGUCUGAAAAGCCUUGAAAUGAUUAAAAGCUUAAACUUUGGUUCGAGCGGCUGAUUCCCCCAUGUAUGGAGAGCC